AUGUGGAAACCACUGGUAUUAGCUGUGUGUCUGUUAGUGGCUGGGGUGCAGGGGAUGGAGCGCCCCACGUAUGGAGUGAAGCUAUGUGGCCGGGAGUUCAUCCGGGCGGUCAUCUUCACCUGUGGAGGAUCUCGCUGGAGACGGUCACUCGGGAGUGCAGGAGACUUCCCUCAGGACCCUUUCAGCUCCCAUGACGAGGACUCAUCUGAAGGCUGGAACUCAGACUCCCAGGUCCCAGAGGGUCCCUUCCAGCAUGUCCAGGAGGGUGGGGUGUUCAUCCGCAGGCCAGCCCGCUCCCUCAUCUCAGAGGAGAUACUGGAGGCUCUCCGUAUGUCAGACCGUAAGGGCCGUGAUGUGGUGGUGGGCCUGUCCAACGCCUGCUGCAAGUGGGGCUGCAGCAAGGGAGACAUCAGCUCCCUUUGCUGA